AGACGGUACCAUCGACUAUCAGUAUCGCCCAUCCCUAGAUUGAUACUUUGAUAGAAUCGCGUUCUUCGGCGCAUUGACAUUAAAGUUGAUAUGCGACACGGUCCAAGGGGCUUAUCAUAAACUUCAUAGCCUCUCGACCCCGAGGGACUUGAACUUGCGGCCCGGCAGGAAUAUGUCCGGGGACCAGAAAACUGUCAUAAAGGACAAUCCUUCUCAGUAUGUCAAACUUAACAUCGGGGGCUCUUUGCACUACACGACCGUCGGGACGCUCACCAAGCAUGACACUAUGCUCAGGGCUAUGUUCUCAGGGAGGAUGGAAGUCCUGACUGACUCUGAAGGAUGGAUAUUAAUCGACAGGUGUGGAAAGCAUUUUGAAGCGAUUUUGAACUUUUUAAGAGAUGGUCUUGUACCGUUGCCGGAAUCGAGCAGAGACACAGCUGAGCUUCUUGCAGAAUCUAAAUACUACUGCAUAGCAGAGUUGGCGCAAGCUUGCGAGCAGGCGCUGAUGAAAAAAGAAAGGGAGGCCGAACCAAUUUGCCGUGUUCCGCUGAUUACAUCCCCUAAAGAGGAACAAUUGCUGAUUAAUUCUACAUCUAAGCCUGUUGUGAAAUUGCUUAUUAAUAGGCAUAACAAUAAAUAUUCUUAUACAAGCACUUCUGACGAUAAUCUUCUAAAAAACAUUGAAUUGUUCGAUAAAUUAUCUCUGAGGUUUAGUGGUAGAGUUUUAUUUAUUAAAGAUGUGAUAGGAUCUAGUGAGAUCUGCUGCUGGGGAUUUUAUGGGCAUGGAAAGAAAGUUGCAGAAGUCUGCUGUACAUCGAUUUUGUACGCCACCGACAAAAAGCACACCAAGGUUGAAUUUCCUGAGGCAAGGAUAUACGAGGAGACGUUGAACAUUUUGCUUUAUGAGAAUCGUAUUGGGCCCGAUCAGGAAUUGAUGCAGGCGACCUCAUCGCGGGGCGCCGUCACUGGCAUUUCGUCAUACACCAGUGACGAGGAAGAGGAGAGAUCCGGUUUGGCGAGGCUCAGAUCGAAUAAACAGAACAAUCAAUGAUAGCAUGUCGGGGGGCGGUAAAUUUUGCCCCCCUGAAUUUUUUAAUGGACGCCAAUCCGGGAUGUAUUGCUACUUCGGAGAUAUCAUGAGGAAAAUACAAAGCUGGUUUUACCGUAUUGAAUACCCUUGACAGGUAUGAAAAUUAGCAUUUGCAAAUAGCACAAAACCUAUAUGUACAAAAUAAAAUUACAAGUACUUGUUUGAAUUUUUAAAGAAAAAAAAUUAUUAUCGCUAUAAAAAGACACUGAUUAUUGUUUAAAUAUAUUUUAUGUUGUUACAUUUUAGAAAUAUUAGACUUUAUAUAAAUGUGUCUUCCAAUAUGAAAAAUAUCUUUAACCGUUGAAAAAUUAUAUUAAUUAAUUGUAGUGUCCCUAUAUUAGGAAAUUUUUGAAGCUCAUUUAUUUAUGUUAAAAUUAUAAAGCUGAUCAUUGUUCCUUUAUAUAACUGAAAUCCAAAUUUGCACCAAGGAAUUAAUUUCUUACAUUAUAUUUAGUAUGUAGUUAAUUUGGUAAAUCUUUAAGCUCAAAAUUGAUAGAGCAAUUUUUUUUUUAUAUUAAAAGUCUGUUUUAAAGCACUUAAUUAUUAGUGCGAGUAGAAAAAGUUUGAUGUUUUUUCAACAAAUAAUUGUUAAUUAAUUACAAAUGUAAUUUGCCACUAUCUUAAAUUACCUGUUACCAGAUUGAAAACUUGGCUAUUUGCAUUUAUUAUAUUGUAUUUUUGAUAAUCCACCACAUGAAAAAGACAAUGUUUUAUUAACAAAAAAUAAGUAACCAAAUAAACUUCGUUUUUUUGUGGGGGGGGGGGCUAUACAGACAGCAAAAUAGCAUUAAUGAACCUCCUAUAUAACAUAAAAGAAUAAAAAUAGAAUUAAACUAGAAAAG